CGAGUGCAUGAAUGAAUGAAUGAAGGAAGGAAUGAGCGUCCGCGGAGGGCGCAGGGCGCAGGCCGGGCCGCCGCCCCGGGACCCCGCGGCUCCCCGCUCCGCCGCGCCGGCCGGAAGCAGCCGGGCGGCCCCCUCCCCGCGGCGCCGCCGCCUUAUCUCGGCGGCUCCGGCCCAGGAGGAGACGCGGGCGCCGGGAGGGACGCGGCGGCCAUGGGCCCGGGGCCCCGGGGCGCGGGCCACCCGCCUCGCCGCCGGCGGUCGCUGCUGCCGCUGCUGCCGCUGCUGCUGCUGCUGCUGCUGCUCGGCCUGGCCCGCGGCGCGGCCGGAGCGCGGGGCGCGGACGGUUUAGACAUCUGUGCCACGUGCCACGAACAUGCCACUUGCAAGGAAAGAGAAGGGAAGAAGAUGUGCAUUUGCAAAUACGGAUUUGUGGGCAAUGGGAGGACUCAGUGUAUUGAUAAAAACGAGUGCCAGUUUGGGGCCACUGUGGUCUGUGGGAACCACACAUCUUGCCACAACACGCUCGGAGGCUUCUAUUGCAUCUGCCUAGAAGGAUAUCGAGCCACAAACAACAACAAGACAUUCAUUCCCAACGACGGCACCUAUUGCGCAGACAUAGAUGAGUGUGAGGUGUCCGGCCUGUGUGGGCAGGGAGGACGGUGUGUGAACACUCAUGGGAGCUUUGAAUGCUACUGUAUGGAUGGAUACUUGCCAGAGAGUGGCCCCGAGCCUUUCCACCCGACCAGAGAUGCCACGUCAUGCACAGAAAUAGACUGUGGCACUCCUCCUGAGGUCCCAGAUGCCUAUAUUAUAGGCAAUUAUACCUCUGGGCCUGGCAGCCAGAUUCGUUAUGCUUGCAAAGAGGGGUUUUUCAGUGGCCCAGAAGAUAUAGUUUCAAGCUGCACAGCCUUGGGCACAUGGGAGUACCCCAAAUUAAACUGCCAAGAGAUCAGCUGCGGCCGCCCUCCGGAAGUGCAGCACGCGUCCCUGGUGGGGAAUCACAGCUCCGGCCUGGGCAGUGUGGCUCACUACGCCUGUCAAGAGGGCUUCGAGAGCCGCGGAGGAAAGAUCAUGUCCGUUUGCACCGAGGAAGGCACCUGGAGAGAAAGCACUUUGACAUGCACAGACAUAAUUACAGAAAUUAACGAUGUAUCCAUGUUUAAUGGCACCUGUGUGAGGUGGCAGACAAACGCGGGAAAAGUGACCUCCGGCAUCCUAUAUGUGGUACACGUGAAAGGACACCGGGCAGACCAGAUAGAACCAGCUCAUGAGGAGACAGUCAACCUGACCGCAGACAGCAGUACCCCACACGUGUGCCUAGACCUGCACCAAGGCACCAACUACACCGUGACCAUCUCCACUGCCCCUCCCAGACGCUCCGUGCCAGCCGUCAUUGGGUUCCAGACAGCAGAAGAUGAUCUCUUAGAAGAUGAUGGAAUUUUCAAUGUCUCACUAUUUAAUGAAGCUUGUUUGAAACUGAACAGGCAUUCUAGGAAAGUUGGAUCAGAACAAACGUACCAAUUCAAAAUUCUGGGCCGGAGGUGGUAUCUGAGUGAUUUCUACCACACGGCGUCAUUUAACUUCACGACGGGGGAGCGAGCUCCGGCAGUGUGUUUAGACCUGUACCCGGCAACUGAUUACACGGUGAAUAUCACCCUGCUGGGAUCGCCCGAGCAGCACUCAGUGCAAAUAACGAUAACAACUGCACCUACAGUUAAACAGACCAUCAGCAACGCUUCAAUAUUUAAUGAAACCUGCUUGAGAUGGAGAAACACGAAGACAGCCGGCAGGAAGGAAAUGUAUUUACUCCGCAUUCAGGGCCAGAGAUGGUAUCAGAAGGAGUUUGCCCAGGAAAUCACCUUUAACAUCACUACCAGCAGCCAGGCUCCGGAGAUGUGCUUGGACCUGCGUCCCGGUACCAACUACAGUGUCAGCAUUGGCGCUUGGUCUUCUGUCCUUCCCGAGGUCAUCUCCCUAACAACCCAGAUAACAGAGCCUCCCCUCCCGGAAGUAGAUUUUUUCACGGUGCACGGAGGGCCUCUUCCGCGCCUGAAGCUGAGGAAAGCCAAGGAAAGCAACGGGCCUAUCAGUUCCUACCAGGUGUUAGUGGUUCCCCUGGCCCUCCAAAGCACGUUUUCUUGUGAUUCCGAAGAGGCGACCUCAUUCUUUAGCAAUACUUCUGACACCGAUGGCUACGUGGCUGCAGAACUACUGGCCAGACAUGUUCCAGAUGAUGCCAUGGAGAUAUCCGUUGGAGACAGGCUGUAUUAUGGGAAAUAUUAUAAUGCACCCUUGAAAACAGGGAAUGAUUAUUGCAUCAUAUUACGAAUCACAAGCGAAUGGAAUAAGGUGAGAAGAUGCUCCUGUGCAGUUUGGGCUCAGGUGAAAGGUAAAACCCUUUUCUGCCUACCAGUGCUGUCCUCACCUCUCUGUCCAGGCUGCAGCAUCAGGUGUAUGUUAAUGAGAUUCCUUUCGACAUCGUCACAGGUGACAGAAACCCAUCACAUAGUAGCUUAAGCAGAAAGCUGAAAAGAAUGGGGGUCUAAGGGCGGGAGUUGAUGGAACUCCCACAAGAGCAGCAUCCCCAGGACUCCAGGAACUAGGACUUGAGACUCAACACCAUGCAUGGGAUUCUCUCUCUCUGUCUCUUUUAUCUGCCCUGUUUCUAAGUGCGAGGCGGCACCAUUUUCUUUGACUCUAAGCCAUGUGGUGGGGAGGGAUGGGCCCCAGCUACCACAGCUUAGCAACUUCAGUAGGAACAGAAAGUUCCUCAGUUCAGGGAACAUCUUUCCUUCUAGGGGAUGUGACCCUCUGUUGGAUGAGUCACUGUUAACAGGAGAUGGGAUAUGAUGAUUGGUCUAUCUUGGGUUUGGGGCUUACUCAUAUGAUUGGUUGGGGGCAGAUCAACCCUAUCAGCAGUGCAGUAGGAGGGGACAUGAUUCCCACCAGGAAAAGAGGCACAGAAAACAUGUUGGCAGACCACAACAAAGAGCUACAGCAGCCCGCUACUUUCAACCAUUUGGCUGCUUUGCGUGUACACAUACAUACACACAUGCUAUUAAGAAAGACAUCUUCCAUUAAGGAAAUGGAAUGAUCCUCCAGACAACCAAAAGUGGCACCCUCGUGGGAGAUAACUCAAACGGGAACCUGUUACUGUCUCCAGCUCCAAGACCAAGAUUCCCGGGCGUGGUUCCGUUCCUCUUGAUCAAAUCCAGAUGUGCUUCUCAUGAUCUCGUUUAGCAAUCCAUGACUAAACGGCUGCCAUUCUCAAACCACAGU